AUGGCAAGGAAACGACCAGCCAGCGAGCUAGAUCACGAAGAAAUACCCAAGGAAACGGCACAAUCCACCUUCUCAAGUGAUUCAGACACUGACGACGAACUAUCAACCCCACAAGAAUCUCAACCAAAAACAUUUUCAAACCUCGGCCUAAAUCCAUGGCUCCUGAAUUCCCUCAAGCAGUUAUCCAUUCAGCAGCCUACUGAGGUGCAGGAUUCUUGUAUUGGGCCCAUCUUGCAAGGACAAGAUGUAAUUGGAUGCGCACGAACCGGAAGUGGUAAAACAGCUGCAUUUGCGCUUCCGAUCUUGCAAAAACUAGCUGAAGAUCCGUUUGGUGUGUUUGCGCUUGUGCUGACUCCUACAAGAGAGCUUGCAUUUCAAAUUGCAGAACAGUUUCGGGUGCUAGGUGCUGGAAUUAAUCUCAAGCAGGCUGUUGUGGUCGGUGGAAUGGAUAUGAUGGUUCAAGCAAUCGAGUUAUCUAAACGUCCACAUGUGAUUGUUGCUACGCCUGGUCGUCUCGUGGAUCAUAUUAGAAGUAGUUCUGAUACUGUCAAUUUGAAGAGACUGCGGUUCCUGGUCAUGGACGAAGCCGACCGCCUCCUGCACGCCACAUUCGCAGAAGAUCUUGCAACAAUCCUCGAACACAUCCCCAACAAGCGCCAAACACUCUUAUUCAGUGCUACCAUGACAUCCGAUCUAAAAGAUUUACAAUUCAACCUUACUGCCAAACCGUUUAUAUACUAUAGCCAUGCACGGUACGAGACGGUUGAGAAACUGGAUCAGCGGUACCUGUUUGUGCCGAAAAGUGUCCGGGAUGCGUACCUGGCCAGGCUGCUGAGGAAUGAGUAUGAGGAGAAGAGCACGAUUUUGUUUACUAGCAAGUGCAGGAAUUGCGAGCGUCUACGCAUCAUGCUCCGAGAACUCGGCAUCAAAUGCACAGCCAUGCAUUCCCUCAUGUCGCAAUCAGAGCGUAUUGCUUCGUUGGCCAAGUUCAAGAGUGGGAUUGUGCAGAUCUUGUUGGCUACCGAUGUUGGGUCCAGGGGUUUGGACAUCCCAGCUGUACAAGUAGUCAUAAACUAUGAGCUUCCAGCAGACGCGACAGACUAUGUGCACCGAGUAGGUCGUACUGCUCGUGCGGGACGUGGUGGUAUCUCGAUAUCCUUUGUGACGGAGCAUGAUAUAUCAGUGUUGCUGAAUAUUGAGCAGCGGAUGAACAAGAAAUUAGUCGAACUGACGAUUGCUGAAGACGAUGUGCUAGAUUCGCUUAACGAGGUAUCGCUAGCGCGUCGUGUGGCUAUGAUGCAGUUGACGGAUUCCAAGUUUGGGGAGAGACAAAAGAUUAAUGCUGAGAAGCAAAAGCUUGUCAAGGAGGGACGGGAUGCGGGUGCUGACGGGCAGAGUAGUAAGAAGAUUCGAGAAUUGUAA